AUGGAUCAAAGAAAGGAGUAUUUGCUUAAUUGCAUUACAGCUUUGCUCAAAUUGAGUGAAUUUCCUGAAAAAUUGAGCAAUUCAUCCAUUUUAGAUAAAUUUUUAAAUGAUUCUGACAAGAACACACUGCCCCUUCUCUACGUUUACGGAAAAGGUUUCAAACUUUAUAAUUACACUGAUAGUUAGCAACCUGAAAGUUUGAUUAUAACGUUAAGCAAAAUUACAAAUGAAACAAUUACACCAUAAAACGUAAACAGAGUAGUUAGUAUCUCUUUAAUGUCAAGCAAUCCAGUAGAUUAGCUUUAUCUGCAACUAUCUAAUUUUUAUCUUCCAGCUCUUAAAGAAAAGUCAGAUCCCAGCAUUACCAAGUUAUUAGAAGAAUUAAAGAUGAAUUUAAGUGGCUCAACACAAGGUUUUGGCAAUGGAAACUUUGAUGACAUGGAUGAAAAUAAUGUCAAAGUCAUUUUCAAGCCAGUAGAUGAAUUAGAUUUUUGGAUUAGAAUGCAAUCUGCAGCUACAUCAAAUUAAGUGCAAAGAAGGGCAGCCCAAUAUAGCGAAUAACUCUCUUAAAUUGACAAAAUUUGGAGAGAUAUAAACAAAGUUGAAUUCAGUGGUAUUAAGGAAGCAAUAGACUAAACUUUAGCAGUGAUGGAUAAGAUAUGGAGAUUAGAUCCUAGUUAGCAAGGCUAUCCUGAAGUCAGAAUGAGAAAGUUUUUUGAGGUCUGCAUGAAUACUUUAGUUGCACGUUUUUAGCAAGAGUUUAAUACACAGGAAAUUUGGGACAGUUCUUAAAGCCAAGUUAGAUUGAAACUUAAUGAAGGACAAUUAUUUUUGAAACACUUUAAUGAAAAUAUUACAUUAUACACAACUCAAUUGUGGACUUAAGGAAGAAAGUGGACAAGCGGAUAAAUUGAUCUUACACUUUCUAAUAAUACCAUUUAAAGAAUAAAUGAAAUCUUAGAAUUAAGAGAACAAUAUGAAGAAUUAUUAAAAAUGCAAUAAAUUAGCAACGGUAAGCUUAAAGGAGACUUUGAGUCUGCUUAUAGCACUUUCAGAUAAAUGAAUUGUUUAAAUGCUUCAGAUAAUACCAAAGAUUAAUGGAAUACAGCUAAAACAAAAUUUAAUCAAUAGAUGGAAGAAAUUGAUGACGAGGUAGUAAAUAUAUUAAAAAAAGAUAUUCUUGCUUAAAAUGUAAAAGAAAAUAUGAUGUAAAUAUUUAGAGAUAUGCAAAGCUGGAAUGGCUUGCUCAACCGUCCUAAAAUAAAAAAAGACCUUUAAAAUGAGAGAUCAAAUAUUCUUUAAUCUAUUCGUUAAAUAGUUGAAUAAAUAUAAAAUGAAUUCGAAACAAAAAGUGGAGAAAAUUUAGAUCCAGUUUUAGGCUCUGACGCUAUUCCUUCAGGUCAUAAUUUCUCCAAAAUAUUAAACUCGAUAGUUUGGGGUAAAUCCCUAAGUGGAAAACUUAAGAGAAUUAUGACUAUCAGCUAAACAUCUUUGGGAGAUUUAAGAGAAUACGGAGGAUUUAAAUAGUAUUGUGAAUAACUAUCUUCUUAAAUAAAUGAAUAUUAAAAUGAUUAAUUUAACUCUUGGAAAUCUGAUGCUAUAAACUAAAUAAGUAAACCUGACAGCAAAGUAAGCUUAGAAAUUACUGGUAGAAUGAUGGAUAUUAACCUAUAAAAUGGCUUAGUAGAAGUCAACUACUCUGAAAGGUUGGUCUUGCUCAUUAGAGAAGUCAGAUAACUCUUUGAGUUGGGUUUCAAAAAAGAUAUUCCAAAGUAAAUUGUUGAAGUUGUAGAAAAUGGCAAAAAGUUUUAUAAAGAAGCUUUAAAUCUAAAGCAAAUUGCUAAUUUUUAUAACUCAAUGUCAAGUGUGAUUCCUCAAUGCCUUUAGAAAAUGCUUGCUGACAAAGCUAUGAAGUUCGAAAACAUAAUUUUAAAUCCUAAAGUUGGAGCUAAAAAGUAAUAAGGUGGUUAAAAUCAAGGAAACAUUACUUGGAACAAUGUAGAUGAGUUAGAAGAUUAUAUAAAAAAAGUGUAAGAAGCUGCUAAUGAUAUUAUGAAUGAAAACAGAAGAUUAAGAAAACUUCAUAUGAGUUUAAUAGAACAAGUUAUUUUCCUUUUUGAUGUCGACCUCGUCAAGAAUAAACAUGUCUGGAAGGAAAAGUUAGAAACAAUUAAAAAAACAAUUGAUGUUGGAUGCUAAGGAAAAGAUCCAAGCAUUUGUAAUGUAUGGAAAUACAAUUGGGAUAUUUAAUUAUAUAAAGCUUUGGAACAUUAAUACUAAAGAGGACUUUAAAUGUUAGAUUAGAACCUUUAAGAAAUGAAUGCUGAUAUUGUUUUGAAGGGAAAAAAUAUUGAGUUCAGACCUCCUUUUGAAGAAUUAAAGGAAAAAUAUUAUAGAGAAAUCAGAGCUUUUAUUAAUUGGCCUGCUAAAAAUUUCUAAGGAGUAGGUGGAAGUUCAGAGGUUUAUAGUGCUAUGCCUAAGAACAAUGCCCAAUACCUUUCUGUUGUUUAUGCAAAAGCUGAAAAACUAUUUGAAAAAUUGUAGAAUCUUCUUGAAAAAUUCCGUAACUGGACUGUUAUUGGAUACUUAGAUAGCGAUAAAGUUGAAGAAAAACUCUCAGACAUUGAAGACUGGGAAUAUAAUAUAAAGAAUAUUAGAACAAAGAGAAAAGAACUUGAAAAACUUUAAGAUAGUUAUAAAAUAGAAUGUUUUAAUGUAAAUCUUACUCCUUUCAAAAACAGCGCUGACGAUUUACUAUAAAACUUUAUCGAUAAUUUAACUAAUUCUCUCAAGAAUAGUGUAAAGAGUGAUUGUGAAAUUUUAGAAGAAUUUGUAACAAAUAGUUUGGAAAAAUUAUCAAACAAGCCUAAGACUAUGGAAGAAAUGAAUGCAGCUAAGAGUUCAUAUUUUGAAUUGAAGGGUUAGAAGAAACCCAUGCAGCAAAAGCUUAACAAUAUUCAAGUUAAAAAUAAACUCUUAAGAAAUCUUGUUGGCUUCGUUUAAAACACUUCUAACAUCGAAAAGAGAUGGGAAAAUUUCGAGCUUGCAAUUGGAGAUUUCGAUAAUAUAUUGUCUGAAUAAACUAAAACAAUUAAGCAAGAAAUUGGUAAGAGAAGUGAAGGAGUCAAUUAAGAAAUUGAUAAAUUUUAUGCUAAGUGGUAAAACUUAAAGCCAAAACAAACAGAAGAAUUAGAUAAAGAACAAGCAAGAGAAUUAGCAGCAAAGAUGAAAGAAUGGAGAAACGAUUGGGGAGAGAUCGAAAAGAAAGUCGAAGGCAUUUAAAAGGAUUGCGACCACUUUGAGAUGGAUCAGCCUUCUUUUGCAAGCUUAUCUCAAGUUAGAAGAGAGUUACAAUCUGAAGAGUCUUAAUGGAAGGUAUUUGAUGACUUUAGUUCUGAAUUAGAAACCUUUGAAAAGGAGGAUUGGCUUGUAGUUAAGGGUAAGCUCUACGACUUCCAAGAUUUCACCAUGAAGUGGACUGAUCUAUUAAAGCAACAGACUAAAAGAGAUGCAGUUUCAUAAUACAUGAUAGAUCAAAUUGAUCGCUUCAAAUAAAUUUGGACUGGACUUAGACUUUGUAUUGGCGAAGCUUUUGAAAGAGAACAUUGGAGAAGCUUAUUUGGAAUCCUUAAAUUACCUAAAGAUGUUACUCUAGAAACUUUAAAGUUUGGUCAUUUAUUGGAUGCAGAUAAAGAAAUUCUCUUAAAAAUGAAUGAUUUGAAAGAUUUAGCAGCUAGAGCUCAAGGUGAAGUUGCUUUAAGAGAAGCAAUUUAAGAGUUAAAGCAGUGGUGCGAAACUUACGAUUUUGAAUUAACUGAGCAUAAUUCUAAUGGCAGAUAAACUCCUCUUAUUAAAGAAUGGAAAGACUUGCUAACUAAGGUAUCAGAUAACCAAAGUUUACUUGCUUCUAUGAAAGAAAGUAAAUUCUAUGCUAGAUUCCAAGAUUAGAUUGAAGGGUUUGAGCAAAAGCUUGGUGGUGUGGAUGAAUAUUUAGGAAAAUUGCAAGUUAUUUAAAGAAAAUGGGUUUAUCUAGAACCUAUUUUCGGAAGAGGCGCUCUUCCUGCAGAAUAAGGUAGAUUUAAGCGUCUUGAUGACGAUUUUAGAUCAAUUAUGCUUGGUAUUGAAAGAGAUCCUAAAGUUGUUUCUCUUUGCAUGGUGGCAGGUAUUAAAGAUACUUUGGAAACAAUUUUAGAUUAACUUGAAAGAUGCUAAAAGGCCUUAAAUGAUUUCUUAGAAGAAAAGAGAAGCAAAUUCCCUAGAUUUUAUUUCUUGGGUGAUGACGAUUUGUUAGAAAUUCUUGGUUAAAGUUAAAAUGCUUAAGUUAUCUAAAUGCAUCUAAAGAAAUUGUUUGCAGGAAUCAAUAAAGUUGAGUUUAACAAAGAUUGCUCUCAGAUUCUUGCUAUGAUAUCAUCUUAAAAAGAAACUGUUUAAUUGAAUGAGAAAGUUUAAGUGGAAGAGUAGGUAGAAAAUUGGUUGAACUCUUUAAGUAGAAAUAUGGUUAAGACUUUACAAAAGCUAUUAGUUGAAUGCCUUACUGAGAAUUCUCUUGAGGCUGAUAAAUACCCAAGUUAAAUUUUAUGUAUUAGUGAGGAAAUCAAAUUUACUGAAAAAGCAGUUGGUGCAAUAAGAAAUGGAAAAUUAUCAAAUUACAAAGCAGAUUUAUCUAGAAUGUUAGAAUAGUUUACUAAACUUGUUGGCGGUGCACCAUUAUUGAUUUAGUUAAAAUUAAAAGCUUUGAUCCUAGAUUUGAUUCACCACAUUGAAGUUAUUGAUGUCUUAAUAGACAAUAAUGUAUAGGAUGUUUAAGAUUGGUUCUGGUAUAAAUAAUUGAAAUACGAAAUGAAUUAAAAGAAAAAUGGAGAAAUUAUUAUGUGUAGAGCUAGAUUUGAUUAUACUUAUGAAUAUUAAGGUAAUGCACCUAAGCUUGUGCACACUCCCUUGACAGAUAAAUGUUAUCUUACACUGACUUAAGGUAUGGAUAUGGGUUAUGGUGGUAAUCCUUAUGGUCCUGCUGGUACAGGAAAAACAGAGUCAGUCAAGGCACUAGGUUAAGCAUUUGGUAGAUAGGUUUUGGUAUUUAAUUGUGAUGAGGGAUUGGAUUUCAAGAGUAUGGGUAGAAUUUUUAUUGGUUUAGUUAAAUGUGGUGCUUGGGGUUGCUUUGAUGAGUUCAAUCGUCUUUUAGAAGAAUAAUUAUCAGCUAUCUCUCAGUAAAUUUAAGUCAUUUAAUGGGCUAUCAAAGAAGGGGAAUAAACCAUGCAAUUGAUGGGAUAAACUAUUGAAGUUAAUAAAAAUUCUGGUAUUUUUGUCACUCUUAACCCUGCAGGAAAAGGAUAUGGUGGUAGAAGUAAAUUGCCAGAUAACUUAAAGUAGUUAUUCAGACCAGUAGCUAUGAGUGUACCUGAUAAUGAGCUGAUUGCUGAAACUCUUCUCUACUCUGAAGGCUUUAAAUAUGCAAAGGAACUGUCUUAAAAAGUUAUUUCAAUAUUUACUCUCAGUAGAUAGCUGCUUUCUCCUCAAUAACAUUAUGAUUGGGGUCUUAGAGCUCUUAAAACUAUUCUCACUGUAGCUGGUUAACUUAUUUAAGCAGAGAGAUAAAAAACACCAAAUAUUUCUAGAGAAUAAGAAGCUGAAUUAUUAAUUAAAGCUAUUAGAAUUAAUACAAUGUCCAAGCUGACAUUUUCAGAUACUCGUAAGUUCGUUGCUUUGGUUUAAGAUGUUUUCCCAGGGAUUAAAUCAGAAGAUAUCGUUUAUGCUGAACUCACAAAAGCAGUUGAAGAAGUACUAGCUGAAAUGAAAUUGGAUGUCAUUGAGACCUAAAUUUCUAAAAUAUUACAAUUUUAUGAGGCUUGUAAGUAGAGAAUGGGUGUUGUCCUAGUCGGCCCCUCUGGUUGUGGUAAAACAACUAUUUGGAAAACUCUUAAAAAAGCCUAUGAAAAAAUGGGAACUUAAGUUAAAGCAUAUGUUAUGAAUCCUAAGAGUAUGCCAAGGAGCUAACUUUUAGGUCUUAUGAAUAAUGACACAAGAGAAUUCACUGAAGGUGUUUUAACUAGCAGUGCAAGAGAAGUCAUUAAAGAAUCAAGUGAUGUCAUUAGUUGGAUUAUUUGUGAUGGUGAUAUUGACCCUGAAUGGAUUGAAUCACUUAACUCUGUCCUCGAUGACAAUCAUUUACUCACACUACCUACUGGUGAGCGUAUUAGCUUCUAAGAUAAUGUCAAUUUUAUUUUUGAAACAAAUGAUUUACAAUACGCAUCUCCAGCUACUGUUUCUAGAAUGGGUAUGAUUUUCUUAAACUAGGAAGAUAUUAGCAUUAAAUCAGUAGUCAAUAAAUGGGUAAAGAGAUAGAAAGAAGAAUUAUAAGCUAAGUUAGAAAAUCUUUUAGAAGAAUAUUUCUAUAAGAUUCUUUAGUUUGUUCAACAAUUUGAAGAAGAGUAAGUAGUUUAGACAACUAGAAUUGGUUUAGUUAUGAAUGUCCUUUCUUAGCUUACUUCUAUCCAAAGCAAGAGUGAAUUUGUUACUUAAAUGUUAAGAGGUUUUUGCAGUAAUUUCUCCUUACAGAUUAGAGUAAAAAUUGCAAAUGAAAUAUUUUCUUUGUCUGGAGAUAAACCUCCUUGUGAUCUUAAUAAUUCACCAUUAGAUUUUGUUUGCAUUAACGGAUCUCUAAGACCACUUUCUAUCCUUUCUUAAGACAUCAAUCUGAAUGACUUUGCUGAUAGUGAAGAACCACCAAUCAUAUAAACAAUUGGUCUUCAAAGAGAUUUUGAAGUUUUAAAGCCAUGGAUUUUAAAUUGUGAACCUUUUAUUGUUUGUGGUCCUGAAGGAAGUGGAAAGAGUUUGUUGAUUAGGGCAGCUUUUAAUGAGCUUAGAAAAUAAUAAAAAAUUUAAGUUGCUACAAUCUAUUGUAACGCUUAAACUACUGCAGCAUAAAUAAUUCAAAAGCUUAAUCAAAUUUGUAUGAAGGGUACUUUUUCUCAAGGAAGAAUUCUUAAGCCAAAGGAUGCCAGUAGAUUAGUUUUAUACCUCAAAGAUAUUAACUUACCCAAACCAGAUAAAUAUCAAACUAUAUAACUCAUAGCUUUCUUGCAAUAAAUUAUUACUCACAAAGGUUAUUAUGAUGAAUAAUUAGAGUUUGUUUACCUUGACGAAAAAAUUUAGAUUGUUGCUUCUAUGGCACCUUCUUCAACUAUAGGUAGACAUGAAAUUUCUACUAGAUUUACUGCUAACGCUCGUAUACAUUACAUAUAAUAUCCUUCAAAAGAAGAAUUAAUGCACACAUACACUGAAUAUUCAAAGGCUAUUUUCCAAAGCGAAAAAGUUCGCAUUGAAAAAAAUUAGGCAGCAUAAAUUGCUAAAAAAUUCAGUUUAGUUUUAAUUGAUUUCUACACAAAUUUCGCAAGUAAAUUUAACGUUGAUGAGCACAGACACUACAGCUUUACCCCUAGAAAUUUAACUUAAAUAGUUUUUGGUAUGUUGAGAUAUGAAAUCGGUUAGAGCAAUCCAGAUUCUAUAGGUGAAGCCUUAUAUAAUGAAAUAUCAAAGAGAUUCAGAGAUAGAUUAGUAAACUUUGAAUAAUAAAAUAAAUUCGAUGCUUUCGUUGGCUCUUUACUUCGCUCACAUUUAUCAUAUUAGGUUACUCCUAACAUUUUCUUUAGCUCUGUUGGAGGGUAAAAGCAAUUAACUAGAUUAGAGAAAAAAGAUUAUAUUGUUGCAAUCAAUUAAGGUUUGCUCAUGUAUGAAAGAGAAUUUAAAGAGAUGAAACUUCACUUAUUAGAUGAAGUCCUAUCUCUUUUAUCAAGUCUUGAUAGAUGCUUAAGCUAAAGUGGCAGUGUUUUACUCGCUGGUAGAAGUGGUAUAGGAAGAAAAAGUUGUAUUAGUCUUAUGGCUACUAUGCUAAGAAUGGAAAUAGUCAGUCCUAGCACAAGCAGAGAUUAUAGCACAAGAGAGUUUAAAAAAGAACUUAAGAUUUUCUUAGAAAAAGCAGCAGCUUAAAAUAAAUAAGUAAUUUUAUAUAUUGAAGAUCAUCAUUUAGUAAAAUCUGAGUUUUUGGAAUUACUCAACUCAUUGAUUUCAAGUGGUGAAAUUCCAGGUCUCUUUACUUAAGAUGAAGUGGAUCAUUCCUUCUAAAAUGCUGACGAAGUCCGUAGAGAAAACUAUGGAAGAUCUUUAUAUGAUAUUUUCUGUAUGAGAGUUAGAUAAAAUCUAAGAGUUGUUUUAAGCAUGGAUCAUUCCGAGGAGACAUUUGCAGCUAAUUGUGCUUCUAAUCCAGCAUUCUUUACUAAAUGUACAGUCAUAUGGUUAAAUAACUGGAGCAAAGAAUCUAUGUCAGUGAUUAUGAAAGAAGAAUUAAAAGAAAUGCUUGAAAAUUUCCCUGCAAAAGAAAAAGAAGAUAUUGCCAGUUACUUUAUCAAUAUACACAAGUAUGGUUUAGAUAACUCUCGUGCUUCGCCAUCUCAUUUAUUUGCUUUGGCUCAUACUUAUUCUAAAAUUUAUCAAAAGAAAGUUAAUUCAAGAGGCAGCUAGAGCUCUCACUUGAAGAAGGGUUUAGGUAAACUUUAAGAAGCAAAAGAAUUGGUAGAUGUCUUAUAAAAGCAAGCUUAAGUCAAAAAGUAAGAGUUAGCUGUAAAGCAAAAAGAAGCAGACAACGCCUUGGUAUUAAUUAGUAAAGCUAUGUAAAAUGCUGCAGAAAGAAAGGCUGAGUGUGAAAAAAUUUAAGAAUAUUUACAAAGUGAAGAAGGAAAGAUACAAGAUUAAAGGAUGGAAGUCCAAAGAUAGCUCCAAGAAGUCGAACCUUUAAUUCAAUCUGCCAAAAAAUCUGUAGACAAUAUUAGCAAAAGUGAUUUAGAUUUCUUAAGAAAUUUGAUGAUGCCUCCUCCUGUUAUUCACAAUAUCAUGAAAGGUGUCUUAAGGGUCUUCAAUAUUUCAGAUGUUGAGAAAUGGUAAACUGUUAGAUAGUUUUUAAGUAAUAGGUAGGUAUUAGAAUAAAUUAUUAACUUUGAUCCUGAUAUUAUUACUCCAUAAGUUAGAAGAGGUGUUUAGGCCCAAAUUAUGGAAAGUGAAUCAUCUUUCAGAAAAGAAGUUUCUUAUAAUGCUUCAAAAGCUGCUGGUCCUAUGGCUGAUUGGACUAUUGCAGUACUUAAGUAUAGUGAAGUAAAUGAAAAAGUUAUUCCUCUUAAAAAUAAUCUUAAAGCAAUUGAUUCAAAGCUGAAUGCUAGUAGACAAAAACUUUAAGAAAAUGAAAAUGAGCUUCAAAAAUUAGAAGGAAAGGUAGAAUAAUUGAAGUAAGACUUUGCUUCAAAGACUUCUUCAGCAGAAAUAUUGAAAAACGAACUAAAGAAAUAAGAAGAAACAUUAGCUGUGGCCUCUUAACUUCUUGAUAAAUUAGGUGAUGAAAAGGUUCGUUGGGAAGCUCAAGCUUAAUCUAUUGAAAAAGAAUUCAAAAGUUUCCCAGUAGAGAGUUUACUUGCUGCUGGUUUUACAAUCUAUUUAAGUGAAAAUGAUGAAAAUUAAAGAGAAAAGGCAAUAUAAGAAUGGAAAUAAAUGACCAAAUCUCAGACUUUUAAUUACUUGAAAUUCCUAAGUAGCGAAGGUUAAAUGCUUAAGUGGAAGAGUGAGGGUUUACCUGGUGACUCUCUCAGUUUAGAAAACAGUGUUAUGAUCUUCCAUUCUAGUAAGACUCCUUUGUUGAUUGAUCCUAAUACUUAAGCUACUGAGUGGCUCAAGAAAAAUUUAGGAACUAUCGAAGUCUUAAAUCAACAAGACCCUAAAUUCUCUAAUCAACUCGAAUUAUCAGUUCUUUUCGGAAAAACUUUACUGAUUUAAGAAUUAGAUAAAAUAGAACCUAUUUUAGUACCUAUUUUGAGAAAAGAUUUAGUCCACUAAGGUCCUAGAUGGGUUGUUAUGAUUGGCGAUAAAUAUGUUAACUAUAAUGAGAAUUUCAAGCUUUAUUUAUGUACAAGAAAUAGCGGUAUUGAAAUAAAUGCAAAUACAAGUGCUUUGGUAAGUAUAAUAAACUACACAGUCACCAAGAGUGGUUUGGAAGGUAAACUGUUGAGUAUAAUUAUUAACCACGAAUAGCCAGAUCUAGAAAAAAGAAAAUAAGAGCUCUUAGAGAAUGAAGAAAAACUCAAAAUACAACUAGAAGAGUUAGAAAAGACACUUUUAGAAGAAUUGGCAAGUUCAACAGGUAACAUCCUUGAAAAUUCUGUGCUUAUUGAGAGUUUAAAUCAAACUAAGUAAAAGAGUUAGACUAUUGAAGUUAGUUUAAAGGAAAGUACAAAAUUAUAAGAAAACCUAGAUCAAUAAAGAGAAGUCUAUAGAAAUCUUGCAGUCAAGGGUGCUUAACUUUUCAUAAGUAUAGGUGACUUAAAGAAAAUCAAUAAUAUGUACAGGUUCUCUUUGAAUUACUUCAUAAAGCUUUUCAAAAUUUGCCUAAAUGUUAAAGAAUAAUUCCCCAAUAUGCAAGCUAAACUCCAAUUCUGUGCAGUCAAUCUAAAUAGAAUUAUCUUUAAUAAUGUUGCAAGCUCGCUAUUUAAACACGAUAGACUUAUGUUUGGUCUUCAUAUUGUUCACGACAUAUAUCCUGAGUAUUUCUAACAAAGCGAAUGGGAUUUCUUGUUAGGAAACACUGCUCUAGCAAUUGAAAGCAACUUGUAAUUACCUAAAUGGGCUAACCCUGACUGCAAAGAUCAAUAUGCAGUAUUUGUCAAUAGUUUUGGAAAACUUUGCAACAAUAUUAACUUCAAUGAUAGAGAGUGGGAAUAAUGGAGCAAGGAAUUGCAAUGUGAAAGAGUUUUCCCCUAAGCCUAUGCAAGCAAAUUAACUCAAUUUUAGAAAGUAUUGUUUGUUCAAGUUUUCAGACCUGAAAGAUUGCAAUCUGCUUUGAAUGAUUUUGUAUGCUAGUCAUUGCAAAUAUCUUCAAUUAGUGGAAAUCCAUUCUCUUUUAAUUCCAUCUAUUAAUAGGAGACAUCCACCUAAACUCCUGCCUUGUUUGUUGUUUCUCCCGGUUCUGAUCCUUCUGCAGAAUUAGAAGAAUAUGCUGAGUAAUAAAUUGGCAGAGAAAACUUCUAAGAAAUGUCCAUGGGUGGUAACCAAAAUGACGUAGCUCUAGAAAAACUAAGAGAAGCUGCAAACAAAGGAUAUUGGCUUUGUCUUAAAAACUUACAUUUAGUCACAGCAUGGCUUCCAAUUUUAGAAAAAGAAUUAAAAACUCUAACACCUCACUAGAAUUUCAGAUUAUGGCUUACAACUGAAGCUCAUAUUAAAUUCCCAGCUAUCUUACUAGAAACCUGCUACAAGGUAUCUUAUGAAUCUCCACCUGGUCUUAAAAAGAACGUUGAAAGAAUCUACAGCAGUUGGAGUCCCUAAUACAUUGCCAAGGGUUCUGCUUAGAGAGCUUAAUUGUUAUUCCUUUUAGCUUGGUUCCAUGCUAUUUUACAAGAAAGAAGAACCUAUAUUCCUUAAGGUUGGUCUAAGUUCUAUGAGUUUUCAUAUGGUGAUUUGAGAGCUGGUACUUAAAUUAUUGAAGGACUUGUUUAGGACACCUAAUAGAAAGGAAUAAGUUGGGAAACUCUUUAUGGGUUAUUUGAAAAUGCAAUUUAUGGAGGUAGAAUUGAUGAGGCUUUUGAUAUGAGAGUAUUGAGAUCCUACAUCGAAUUGUAUUUCAAUAAUAAUAUUCUUAAAGGUUCUGCUAGAAUACCUACUGGUGAUACUCUCCCACAAAGUACUAAUUUGCCUGAUUACUUGGCAAUAGUUAAGAAGAUGAGUGAAACUGAUACUCCCUCUAUUUUUGGUUUACCUCUAAAUAUUGAUAAGGCAGUUUAAAGAUAUAAUACUUAACAGGUUAUUUCUAAUCUUAAGAUUAUCAUGCAAGCAAGUGCUGAGGAUCUUAAAUUUGAUAAGGAAAAAUGGUAGAAAUAACUUGGAACAAUUAUAAAUCUUUGGAAAAAUCUUUAUAAGCAGUUCCGUGAAGGAAGUGGUUUACCUUAAAUUAAACCUUAAAAUCUAACUUCAACAGACCCUAUAGAAUCAUUUGUUUACCUAGAAGCUUCAUCAGCAUACUAAAUGCUUGAAAAAAUUGAAAGCUCAAUUGAGGGUUUGAAUAAAGUUUUGUUUGGAAAUGGUUUAUUAACUAGCGAAAUACAAGCAACAGGUAUGGAACUCAUGCUUGGUAAUGUUCCUGAAAAAUGGAGUAAAGUUUGGGAAGGACCUGAUAACGCUAAUAGCUGGCUUAAGGGAUUCUGCUCAAGAGUUUAUCAACUUAAGAAAUGGGUAGAAACCUUAAGAAACGGUAGUCUUCUUGACAGUCCACUCAAUUUAUCUGACCUUUUCCACCCCGAAAUUUUCUUAAACGCUUUAAGAUAGAAAACAGCAAGAAAAAUAAGCAAACCCCUUAAUGACCUUAAAAUAGUUACAUCAUUCGAUUAAUCAAAAAUCAGCACUGCCAUUACCAUAAAAAUAAAAAAUCUUUUACUUUAAGGUUGCUAGAUUAACUAAGGACAUCUUAUUGAUGGAGCCUAAGAUCUUCCUGAAUUCGUUUAACUACCUGAAUUAUAUAUUGGAUUUAUCCCUAAAGAUGAAUAAGAUCCUUACCCCUCUAAUACUUUAGGAGAAUUCCCAAUAUUCUCAAGUAGCCAAAGAGAAAAACUUGUAGCAAAAAUAAAAAUACCAGUACAAGGAAGUCUAAACGAUAGAAUAAUUGCUGGUGUUGCAUUUGUUUUAUAAAAUAAUUGA